GCCCAAGCACGAUUCCUGCUUCCUCAUUGGACAUCGUGAGCCGGGGACUCCGCCCCAAAGCGUUGUUGAGGGGUGGGGGAAAACGUGCGUCAGAUGCGAGAAGAAUCUUCGUUUCUGUUGGUCAACGCCAGGAAACCCCGCCUUCGGAGUAUUUUUAACCAAUAGAAGUGCAGCAUUUUCAAUUUAAACUCUCUAUAAAAUUCGGUUUUGGUAACGCUUAGAGUGGCGCCAGAGUUUUGAGCUGUGCUGCAGAAAGUGGAGUACGAGUCCUCACUGUGGUCGCCUGAUGCAGCUCUCCAGGGCCGUGCCCUCCCUUGAGGAGCUGGACUCCUUCAAGUACAGCGACCUUCAGAUCCUAGCCAAGAAUCUGGGCCUCCGGGCUAACCUGAGGGCAGACAAGUUGUUAAAAGCCUUGAAAGCCCACCUUAAACAUGAGGCAAAAAAAGAAAAUGAGAAUCAGGACGUGACAGAUGAAUGUCUUUCUUUCCACGAUGGAAGUCAGACCUCUGCAUCAUCCUGUGAGGAGGCUGAGCUUCAGAGCCAUGGCCAGGAACAAACUGAGAGGGAGCCGCGUGGUCAUGGCACCAAAACCAGGAGAAGGUGCAGGACAGUCCUCAGGAACCCUGACACCCAGGAUCAUUCAGAGAUAAAAGUAAGUGAUCACACUGAAUUCCAGAAUCAAGAGAAGCAGGAACACCAGGAUCUCAGAACAGUUGCAGAAGUGUCUUCACCACCAGAUGAGAGCCAAGGAGAGGAGAAUGCCGUUUCCUCGGGAAAAAGAAGAAAUGGUAAUGAAGAUUCGAAGGUACCUUCAGAAGGAAAGAAGUCUCUCUACACAGAUGGGUUUUCCAAACCUGGAAAAAGCAAAAGAACUAUAAGCACAACUCCAAACUUUAAGAAGCUUCAUGAGGCUCGUUUUAAGGAAAUGGAGUCCAUCGAUCAAUAUAUUGAGAGAAAAAAGAAAAAUUUUGAAGAACGCAAUGCAUUUCAUGAACUGAAGAAGCAGCCGGCCACCAAGGGCGCAGUGGUGACUCCAGUUCCUCUCCGGGGAAGGCUCCCCUUGGCUUGCACUCCCACCAGCCAGCGCCGCUCGCAGGGCCAGCCACUGGGUGCUGCGGGCAGGAGCACCUUGUGUGGGAAGGGCUCUGCCAAGCGUUCUGUGCUCUCGGCAACUAAAAUGAACGUCAGGUUUUCAGCUGCUACCAAAGAUAAUGAGCAUAAGCGUUCACUGACCAAGACUCCAGCCAGAAAGUCUCCACAUGUGACCAUAUCUGGGAGUACCCCGAAAGGCCAGGCUGUGCUCGGGAUAUACAAGAUAAAGACCACAACUGGGAAUUCUGCUUCUGUCGUUACACCAUUCAAGCUGACAACUCAGGCAGCACAGACUCCAGUCUCCAGCAAGAAGCCAGUGUUUGAUCUCAAAGCAAGUCUGUCUCGUCCCCUCAACUAUGAGCCACACAAAGGCAAACUGAAACCAUGGGGUCAAUCUAAAGAAAAUAAUUCUCUGAAGGAACAUGUAAACAGAGUUAGUUUCCACAAGAAAACUUACAAACAACCUCCUCUCCAGACUAGGGAGGAACAACGGAAACAACAUGAGCAAAGACGAAAGGAGAAGAAAGCAAAGGUUUUAAGAGCUCGGAGAGGCCUCAUUAUGGCUGAAGAUUAAUUUUUUAACAUCCUGUAAAGAGUAUUUUAUUCUGAACCCUUUCUUUAGUGUAAAUAUUUUUUUCUACUGUCUUCCCCACUUUAGUCAAAAGAUUCUUCUGCUUUGUUCACUAUCUAUGUAGUGUUGGUGGUUUUCUUCACAUGCCACAUCCCUGAAAGAUGUUACUAACCUUAAAGCUCACAGAUUCUUUCAAAUGAUUUUUACCUAUCUCUGUACAAUUCAGUUUUGCAUUGAUUCAUCCUAUAGAUUCUUGACCUAGAUUUUUAACGUCAAGUUCCCUCUGCUGACAGAACUAGAAUCCUCUUCUAGACAGAAGCAUUUACCUGAUGGGAGGUAGUUCUCCCACAAACUUCAGUAGAACUUGGACCACUAACAAGCUGAGAAAGCCACCUCUUCCUCCUCUGGAAAAUCAAGUAGUCUUAAUGAAACAAGGAACCAAAUGGGUUAGUGAUGGCAUAUUCUACUUUGAGAAGUGUUUUGUUAUCUAUGCAUGUUUGUUCAGAUCACUUGUAACUGCUGUCAAUCAAUAUAUUCUUAAAAACUCUAAAGUUCAUUCUAGCCUGACUUAUUUAAAAAUAAACAGGGCUAUGGGACGCCUGAGUGGCUCAGUGGGUUAAGCCUCUGCCUUCGGAUCAGGUCAUGAUCUCAGGGUCCUGGGAUCAAGUCCCGCAUCAGGCUCUCUGCUCAGAAGCAGGGAGCCUGCUUUCCCCUCUGUCGCUCUGCCUGCCUCUCUGCCUACUUGUCAUCCCUCUCUCUCUCUCUGUCAAAAAAAUAAAUAAAUAAAUAAACAGGGCUAUACUGAAA